AUGAAUGUCGCUCUGUAUCUGCUCGUGCUUAAUUUUUGUAUCUGCCUGAUAAGCACGAAGGAGGAAAAAAAGAACCCAAGUGCGCCCUUUGAUGUGGCAGGGCAAAAGUCAAAUCUGAGGUACCCCAAUGAGGUAAGCAAAAAUGUAGGAAAAAACAAAGAAGCCAAAUUGACCACUCAAGACAGUAAAUUCAAAAAGGGGCUGGCGGAUAUUAACAAAACACAGAGUGUUAACAAAGGCGGAAAUGGCAUCCCCUAUUUUAAAGGCAAAGACAUGACCACCAUUGAUAAGGGGCACCUGCGGCCCAAUGCUCCUAGUAAGGGUAACUGGAGCCUACCGAACCGAGAAACGAAAGGAAAACCCGAAAAAGUAACAGAUAAAAAGGAAAUAGGAGAACAAGAAAAGUGGGGAAGAAAAAGCAGUGGUGGUCAAACGAAUCCAGAAAGUGGGACACAGGUAAAUGAUAACAAUGUCGGAAUGGAGAAGAGGAUGAAUAUUCCCAAAAAAGGAGAAUCGGACAAAAAUGAAAAGAGUAAACCACAAGCAAGUACAACCCCAGAAAAAAAAGGUGUGACCAUGCCGGUAGAGGGAGAGCAGGUACGUAACGAAGGUAAAUUGCAUGUGCCAAAUGCAGAACAAGGGGUAACAAAAGUUAAUGUGAAAGGCCCUAAUGAAGUAGGGUCUUCGGACAAGUCAAUCAAAUCCGAAAAAAACAAAUCAGGAAAUUCAACCCCACAAGUAACCGAUCAAGAUGCUUUACCAACGGAAAUGCCAAUCCAAGAGAAGGAAGAAACCACACAGUCGAACACGAAAAGGGUAGAUGCACCAGGGUACUCAAAUGGUGUAGAACCCCUAAAAGGAUCGGAGCCGCCAACCUCGUCGGGUGGUGAACCCAAAUCGGAAGCUUCGUACAUAUCGGAGGGGGAUCCGAAACCGGAACAAGUACAAGAAGAAAAGAGUGGAAAUGUGAAAAAUGAGACAUCAAAGGAGGAAGAAGAAUUGCCAAGUGGGAAAGAGGAAACAGAAGAAUCAAAACAAAAUAGAGCUAACCAGGAUGGAAAUGAAAAGGAUGGCUCCUCAAAAAAAGACAUAGUAAAACUCUUUCAUGAGCAUAUAGACGUUGCGUCUUUAGUAAGAAACAUUAAGAGUAACGAGAAAUUACAAAAAAUGUCUAACGAGCUGGUAACUUUUGGUGUCAAAGCAUAUGAUGGCUUUCUCGUGUUCGUCGAGCUAGUAAAGUUUUUCGCGAAGGACUUCGUGCAAUUCAUUCAGAACAUGUGA